AUGCAGAAUCCUCUUACAGUUCCAUUAUCAGCAGCAGAAGCAGCGUCAUUUAUGGCGCCGUCUUCAUUAUCAUUUCCUUCGAGUCAUAUAUUAAUGUCAGGUGCGAUGUACCCUGGAACUCGCGAUGAGAAGGGUAUGGAACAUGGUGUUUUAACAUCGUUGAAUCAGACUGCAACGAAUACGUUUGCAGGUGUAUCAGGCAUUGUGCCUACAUUACAAAACAUUGUUGCUACUGUCAAUCUUGAUUGUCGAUUGGAUCUAAAAACGAUUGCAUUGCAUGCGCGUAAUGCCGAAUAUAAUCCCAAGCGAUUUGCAGCAGUUAUUAUGCGGAUACGAGAGCCGAAAACAACUGCACUUAUUUUUGCUUCGGGGAAAAUGGUAGUUACGGGUGCAAAGUCGGAGGAUGAUUCUAAGUUGGCAUCACGAAAGUAUGCUCGAAUUAUUCAGAAACUUGGUUUCAACGCCAAGUUUACCGACUUUAAAAUCCAGAAUAUUGUUGGUUCAUGUGACGUUAAAUUUCCUAUUCGUUUGGAGGGACUUGCGUAUUCACACGGAACCUUUUCAUCGUAUGAACCAGAAUUGUUUCCCGGAUUGAUUUAUCGCAUGGUAAAACCAAAAAUUGUUUUGCUGAUUUUCGUUUCUGGGAAAAUCGUUUUAACAGGUGCUAAAGUUCGGGAAGAAAUAUAUCAGGCUUUUGAGGCUAUUUAUCCUGUACUCAGUGAAUUUAGAAAGAGUUCUUGA